UUUGCACUUGCUGAUAAGAUUCUAAACGUCAUUUUGUAAGGACGUUGUCAUAGUCGUAAUCUUAUUAUUAAACCAUGUUAUAUACAUAUUACGGAAAGCUAUUACUUUUGGUAGUUUGUUCACAAGGCGAUGCGUUUUUAUUUGCAACACGUCCCGGGCAGAGCAGCACCACUCGUUCACCGAAGCACUGCGACACACAUGAGUCGAUAUGCUUGAAAUGUGAAAGACCCGGCUUCUAUCCCUUGAUGUACUGUAAUGAUAUCAUCAAGGGCGACUACUGCUACACAAGCAUUAUUCGUAAUGCCUCGGGGAUAUUUACUGCAAAAGGACCAGCCACGUCCUCGUUUUGCGAUGCCAACAAGUACAAGAGCAGUCUAGCGAACCCCUCCUGUAGGACCGGGAACAUACCGGAAGGGACAGAAUGCAUCGACUGUUGUAAACAGUACAACUGUGACCCCAAUGACCUUUACUGCAACAAGCAUAUCAUACAGAGCGUCCACAUGCCGUUUACCGUGACUUCAGUAAAAACCACGCCAACAGUUGCCACGACAACGGUCCCAACAACAACAACGACACGCCCCACUACGCCAAAACCGACUCCAGCUCAUGAGGGGACGUGCCAAGUGUGUGUGGAAGGAAACGGUCAGAAUUGUGGCACGGCCAGCACCCAUUACUGUAAUUCUGGAGAAAAAUACUGCAUGAACACAGUCAUUGCAGACCCUAAGGCUGGCAGGAUCGUUGUCAAAAAGUGCGCUGACGAAGUAGAGUGCAAAUGGAAUUAUUGGGUUGAUACUUUGGGUGACCCUAAAUGCAGCAAUGUCACCGGGCCGCAGGCAGACAAUGCCUGUAACUAUUGUUGUGAUAAUUCAAAUACAAUCGCACCAUGCAACCAGGACCCUAUACCCAAAUAUCUGUCAACAUUCCAAAAUACACGUGAAGAGAAGAAAUGUAUAACAGGGAAUUCCAAUGGUCAAUUUCGUGAGGAAAAGUGUCCUUCCGUGUCCUCGUACUGUCUGAAUGAAGUGAGAUAUGAUACAACAGCCAAACAUCCAGAAGCCUUUGUCACUAAAAAAUGCGCGUUUGAAGCCGAGUGUAAGGGACUGUGGUGGGAGAAGACUAGGAAACGACAAGAGUGUUUGACCCAGAACUUCACGGAAAUAUCAGAUACCAACAUUGUCUGUACGUUUUGCUGUGUGUCUGAAAACGACAAAGCUUGUAAUGGGGCUUCAGUUCCGGACCAGAUCGCCAUGUUCACACCUGUAACCACCACUGGUUCCCCAACGACGACCAGAACGACAACGACGACAACGACACACGGUCAUGUACAUCACACACACAAACACACGCACCACGGACAUCACCAUAGCGUGACUACAGCAAGACCAACAACUGAAGCAACCACAACCACAACUCCAGCAGGAACGACAACUAUAACCACAUCCCCAACCACAACCCCACCAACUACCACAACUUCAACCACUACCACAACUCCAACCACUACCACGACUCCAACCACUACCACGACUCCAACCACUACAACAACAUCGGCUCCAGUCACGUGUUCCGGGAAUAUGUCCGUCGUGUGUGAGGACGACCCUAAAGCUCACUGCGAUUCCCUGAAACAGUACGGACUGUGUAAUCAUUUACAGUACAAUCCAGAUAGUGAGGACAUCAAAUUUUGUCCGCGAACUUGCAACUUGUGUAACAAAUAUUGUGAUUACGUUCUAAGAACUGUGCCUCCACCAACAACGAUCCCUCCUACCACACCCCCGCCUCCAAAAACAGGGAUUUCUAAUUUCACAAUAAGCCAAACAGCAAAAACGACUGGUAAUAGGACAACAACAAAAGCAACGGAACCAAAUACACCCUCGAGACCAACAGAACAAAAAACAACAGAAACAACAUUGACAACAAGCCAAACACCUAAAACGGAUGGACUAUUUUCCGUAACAUCUCACAAAUCAACAACAAAAGUAACAGAACCCACAACAGAAUCAACGCCAGCAACAAUACCUUCGAUGACAACUGCAACAACAUUGCCAACUACAACCAAAUUGAAGACAUCUGCACCUUUAAACUCGGAGUGCUAUACCUGCUCUGGGUCUGUCUCUUUGUGCGAAAAUUUGUAUGGUCCACAGGGAUGUCUGCCGGAUAAGCCUUACUGCAUGAAUGACGUCACAAACAAUGCAGACGGUACCAGAACUGUGAAUAGGAAAUGUGCUUCUAAGUCAGAAUGCAUAGAGAACUGGUGGGUGGGAUCGUCUGGUCGCUCAGAGUGCGCGGGAUAUGACCCCGCAGCAAUAGUUCUGCAUCAGUUCACGUGUUCCUACUGCUGCACCACGCCCCUUUGCAACAAAGACCUUGUCCCUCGUGAUCUCUACAUCCAAUGACGUGUUUCACAUUGCACACAGAUUCGGAUUAACAAUGAAAUAUUCUGUGAUUGUAAGGUUUCAAAUGACGUAGGAGUACUUUAAUUUCUAAUAAAUCUUCAAUAGGCUUUAA